UGAAAGUUUUAAGGAUAAUAAAUAUACUUGUAAGAGUUGUAUGAAGGACAUCGUUGCUUCGCAACUUCCUUUCGAGGAUGAAGCAAAAAUCACAGAAACGUUUAUGGUUUACGAAGCGAAUGCAACUACCGUUGAAGUUGCCAAUCUUUUGGAAAUUUAUUUUUUUAGUAAAGAAAAAUUCGGAGAUGAUCACUUUUUGUGUAUACUAAUGGAGAGAAUGUUGAUGGAGAUGGCCAUCCAGUACGGUCAACAAGAUUCUUUUCUAGAAAUUAAUUGCGAGCUAGUUAAACACUUUUAUAAGCGGAUAGAAGAACUUUUUAUGAACAUAUCCCCAAUUGCGGGAGCGUUGCUCUUACAGCCUUUUAUCACCAACCAUCUUGUGGAUCUUGACGAUCAGGAAAUUAAAUCCAUCAGCAAAAGGUUUUUGUACUACUUUAAGCUGAGAUUCGGCGAAAAUGAUGCCGAUGUACAAAUUUGGAGCAGUUCCAUUUAA